UUUUGCUCAAAAACUAAAAAGAAAGUAGGAAAGAAAAAAAAAGAGGAGAAGACAGAAGAAGAAUAACGAAAAAUGGCAACCACAGAGAGAGAAGAGGUAACGCAUCUGCCAAAACUGAAGGACGCUGACUCAUUUCCAUUGUGGGAUUUUGAAAUCAAGAUUCCGAUGCGUGCAAAAGAACUGAUAAACAUCGUUGAUGGCUGCGACCUGUAAGUGACCAAGGAAGAGACGAAGAAAAUGUGACGAAAUGGAAGAUGCGUGUUCAAAGUGCCAAUAGUACAUAGAACGAUAGAGAAACACGUGAAGACCCACAUUGUGACAUGCACAACCGCGAAAGGAAUGUACGACACCUUGAAGCAGAUUUAGAACGAUAGAGAAACACGUGAAGACCCACAUUGUGACAUACACAACCGCGAAAGAAAUGUACGACACCUUGAAGCAGAUUUAUCAGCGAGACACCUCUCAACAGAAGUGCCUUCUGCUACAAGACUUUUACAACUUCAAGUAUGACAAAAUUAAGGAUAUGAUGACGAAUGUAAGUCAUGUGCAGAACAUUGCCUUCAAGCUUCGUCAACUGAACCAAAACGUUGAUGAAAACAUGAUCAUGACAAAAAUAACGAUUCUACCAGAAGACUACAAACGCUUCAGCACCGCCUGGGACUCAACGGCGACCAUGGACAGAACCCUUGACAACCUGGUGGCCAGAUUAAUGUUUGAAGAAGUGAAGUGCAAGAUGACAACUAAAGAGGAGGAAAGCAUAGCUUUUAAGACAGUAACUAAAACCAAAAGUAAAAGCCCUUUCAAAUGUUUCAGUUGUAAUCAAAUAAGUCAUGCCCAGAUCAACUGCUACAACAAAGAAUUGGAGCCCGAAGGAGCAGCAGCAAAAUGUGGUGCACUGUAUGUUGGAAAUGCGAUACUUUAUGGAAAUGGCCAGGACUUGAAGCAGGCCUCUCAUGAAGAAGCUGUGGAUAUCUUGCAGAUACAGUUUGACAUGCACUUGGAAGUGCAGUACAUUGCAGCAGAGGACAGCGAUGAGGAGAAUUCGCUUGGAGAAGACGUGUAUGGCUUUAGUUGAUGAAACAGAUGAGCUCAACAGACACCCACUCGGAACGCUUAGCCUCCUGCAGCAGAAGCAGAAAGAAAUGCAGUCUCCAUUUGUGGUCCUUAGUGGUGGUAAACAAACAUGAGGCAACCAUCUCAAAAACAAAACUGCAAAUUCUUCAUGAAAUAUGCUGGCACCAACUCUGAACUUUGGCGAUUUUUUUAUUGUUUCUUACUGUCUGGAAUAUCAUCUCUAUUUUUCAAUAAGACAGCUUGCAGCUGCCGACAGUGCCUGUGUGUACUGGAAGGAAGGCCACAGAGUUCAUGUCACAUUCAAAUGAGUACAGUGGUUCUCCUGCUUCCUUAGGUAACCUGUUGGCACCUGUAAGCUGGAAAGUACAAUUUCUAGUGAUGAGUUUCUUGCUUAUAGGACUUGAGCCAGAUGAACAGCCUCUAAGCUAAAUCAGUCAUGAAGUAAUUAUAUUUGGUCUUUCUUGAUUGCAAUAGCAAUAGUGUAUCCUUCCAAUGGAAGAAAGAAACCCUUGUUCAGUUGUAGGCCAGUAUGGAAAGCUGUAAAAUUAUACAAGCAACAGAAUCAGAAGAUGUACAGUCUACUGCAAAUCAUUGUAAAGCACCACUGAUAUAUCACUGAAACAUUUGUAAUGGGUUAUAAAAGUAACUUGGUUCAUCCUGGUCCGUCACACUAGUAAUUGUAUGUAAGGG